GUUUUUCUUUAUUUUUAUUUAUAGAUGCCACUUCAAAUGAACAACAAGAGCUAUUCUGUCAGAAGUUACAGCAGUGUUGUAUACUGUUUGAUUUCAUGGACUCUGUUUCAGACUUGAAGAGCAAAGAAAUUAAAAGAGCAACACUGAAUGAACUGGUUGAGUAUGUUUCAACUAAUCGUGGUGUAAUUGUUGAAUCAGCGUAUUCUGAUAUAGUAAAAAUGAUCAGUGCUAAUAUCUUCCGUACUCUUCCUCCAAGUGAUAAUCCAGAUUUUGAUCCAGAAGAGGAUGAACCCACACUUGAGGCCUCUUGGCCUCACAUACAAUUGGUGUAUGAAUUCUUCUUGAGAUUUUUGGAGAGCCCUGAUUUCCAGCCUAGCAUUGCGAAACGAUACAUUGAUCAGAAAUUUGUACAACAGCUCCUGGAGCUUUUUGAUAGUGAAGAUCCCAGAGAACGUGACUUCCUGAAGACUGUUCUGCAUCGAAUUUAUGGGAAAUUUCUUGGACUAAGAGCAUUCAUCAGAAAACAAAUUAACAAUAUUUUCCUCAGGUUUAUAUAUGAAACAGAACAUUUCAAUGGUGUUGCUGAACUCCUUGAGAUCUUAGGAAGUAUUAUCAAUGGCUUUGCAUUGCCACUGAAAGCAGAACAUAAACAAUUUCUAAUGAAGGUUCUUAUUCCUAUGCAUACUGCAAAAGGAUUAUCUUUGUUUCAUGCUCAGCUAGCAUACUGUGUUGUACAGUUCCUAGAGAAAGACACAACAUUGACAGAACCAGUUAUCAGAGGACUGCUGAAAUUUUGGCCAAAAACAUGUAGUCAGAAAGAGGUGAUGUUUUUAGGAGAAAUUGAAGAAAUCUUAGAUGUCAUUGAACCAACACAGUUCAAAAAAAUUGAAGAGCCGCUUUUUAAGCAGAUAUCCAAGUGUGUCUCCAGUUCUCAUUUUCAGGUUGCAGAAAGAGCAUUGUACUUCUGGAAUAAUGAAUAUAUUCUCAGUUUGAUUGAGGAGAAUAUUGAUAAAAUUCUACCAAUUAUGUUUGCCAGUUUGUACAAAAUUUCCAAAGAACACUGGAAUCCGACCAUUGUAGCCCUGGUGUACAACGUGCUGAAAACCCUAAUGGAAAUGAACGGCAAGCUCUUUGAUGACCUUACGAGCUCAUACAAAGCUGAAAGACAGAGAGAGAAGAAGAAGGAAUUGGAACGUGAAGAAUUAUGGAAGAAAUUAGAGGAGCUAAAGCUAAAGAAAGCUCUUGAAAAACAGAACAGUGCUUACAACAUGCACAGUAUUCUCAGCAAUAAAAGUGCCGAAUAAAAAACAGCCUAUCACGUGUGCUGGAUAGGCAGAGUUUUGUACACUUUUUUGGAAUAUGUAAAAAUUGCAAAGCAAACCUCAUCAAUAUAAUAUAAUUAAAAGGCCAAUUUUUUUUCUGGCAACUGUAAAUGAAAAAUAUAUAUGGACUAAACAUAGCCAUGUGCUGUAUCAUGGCCACAGUAUAUUGCAACCUUUGUCUAAUCAUUGAUUUAUUGUGUCACUUCUGAAGUUUCACAGAAAUGAAUUCUAUCAUCUGUGAUAUGAGUGAGAUAAUUAUGGGAGUGGUAAGAAUUAUGACUUGAAUUCUUUUUUGAUUGUGUUGCACAUAGAUCAAGUAGUCCGCUCUGUAUAUUUUCCCCUUUUAUAAUGUGCUUUUGACAUUGCUGCAGACCUUAGUUACAUCUUAGGAAAAAGAAUACUUCCUGAAAUAAAACUAAGGUAUCAUCCUCAGCCUUCCCCUUGUCUCUCCCAGAAACACGAUGGUGGGAUAACCUGCCCUGAAGUAUAUUACUGUACUCUGGAAUUUGAGCAAAACCUUAAAUCUCCAGGCUUUUAAAGCACAAAAUAUAAAUAAAAGCUGGGAAAGUAAACCAAAAUUCUUCAGAUUGUUCCUCAUGAAUGUCCCCCUUCACCUGCAACACCCCAGAGUGAGCACUCCUCUGGGUUCAUUCCUCCUCUUCCUCUGCAAGGCUGGAGGCAGGGCCUUUCCAGUCCCCAUACCUGCCCCUCCCCCAGGCCCUCCUGACCCAGGGAUGGCGUCCCACAGUGUGGUGGUGCAGACUGCUAGUUGUCACUGCCUGGCUUUAUUUAAAGGGAAUGCAGUAGGCUCCCUCUGUAGAAUUCUGAAAAAGUUGACUACAUAGAGGUCUUGUAUGUUUUUACCUGGUCAAGUAUUUCUCACAUCUUUUGUUAUCAGAGUACCAUUCCAAUCUUUUAACUUGCAGUUGUGUGGAAAAGUGUUUUGUAAUGAAAGAUCUUCAUUGGGGGAUUGAGCAGCAUUUAAUAAAGUCUAUGUUUGUAUUUUGCCUUA